AUGUCGAGCGACGAGCUUCGAUCGUGGGUCGUCGCGCUCCACGCCCCGCGCGCCGUCCACAAGUUCCGGCUCAAGGCGUGGGCGGGGUUCCUCCGCGAGCGCGGGUGCGUCGUCGUCGUCCCGGCCAAGGAUCUCAGGCGCCGCGCGACGCACGUGCUCCUCGUGGACCCCCCGUGCGCGGAGGAGGACGACCCGAGGUUCGCGGCGUACCUCGCGUCCAUGCCCGCAUCGUGCGUCGCGGGCGCCGGCGGCGGGACCCCACCGACGAUCCUGCGGCAGGAGUGGAUGUACGACAGCAUCAGACAAAAGCGCGCGCUGCCGACGGGCCCGUACGCGCUCGGAUCCGCCGCGACCAGGACGCCGCUCGCGGACGUCCAACCCGCCCCGCGCGCAUCCAAUCCCCGUACGCGCGCGCAUCCGAACGACGACGACGCGAGCGCGAAGCCGCCAGCUGUGCCGCCGGCGCCGACGCGAGGGGACGACGGAUGGGGGGGCGAGAUCCUCCGCGCCGCGAACGACGCGAGGGACGAGACGAGGCGCCUGACCUUCGCCGCCGCCGGCGAGCCCGGCCAGGGCGUCGGCGGCGUGGAGGCGGGCACGCUCCGCGGGUGCCUCGCCGCCGAGUGCGACGCGGCGGCGUCGUCCGCGGCGUCGCACGCGCCGUGGGAGGGAGCGUCCACGCGAGGCGACUUCGCGAGGUUCCGACGCGAGGGAUACCCCGGAUUCGUCGGCGCAACCAACGUCGUCGAGGACGAGAUCGAGCGACGCCUGGGCGCGCGAUGGGACGCUCGAGAGGCCGAGCGCGUCGCGGGAGAGGACGCGGCGUGGGCGGCGGCGGCGGCGGCGAAGGCGGGGACGCGGGCGCGGGCGAGAGCCGGCGUCGGGUCGGGACCCGAGGAAUCGUCGCGCCCGGGAGGAUUCGGCCGACGGACGCUCCUCCUGGACCUCCCCGACGGCGUGCUCGGCGAGGUGAUGGAGCGCCUGUGCCUCCGCGACGCGCUCAACGCGGGGGCGACGUGCCGGCGCCUCUUGGACGUCGCGUUCGGGCGGCGCGUGCGGCGGCGGCGGCAAAGGCGGCGGCGGGAGGGGGGGAUCGGGCACGAAAACGCCGGCGACGGCGACGACGACGCGGAAUUCGUACUCGGCGGAUCCGCGCGGGACCCGCCGCCUUGGCCCGACCGCUCCGGCGGCGUUCGCCAACACGCGUGCCUCCGGGUGAUGACGUGGAACCUCAAGAACAACGACCCGGACCCCGCCGCCCGGUUCGCCAACCAGCCCGGCGCGAACGAGCGCGGGGGCGGUUGGCACUGGCACGUGCGGUGCCCGAUAGUCGCGAGAUCCGUGCAGAGGGACGCGCCGCACGUGCUGUGCCUCCAGGAGGACCUCGGGUGCAUGGCGUCCGAGCUGAUGUGCGCGAGGGAGAUGCGCGAGGAAGGGUACGACGCCACGGAGUACAGGUGCUACCCGCCGCCGGUGAGGUCGUUGAGGGACGCGGACGCCGCCGCAAGGGCUCGGCGCGUGCUGCUCUCCCCGUCGGAGACUGAUCCGCUUUGCGCCGGCGACGCGAUCGAUGAGACGAUCGCGAACGCGCUUCGUGAGGGCGCGAGGUGGGAGCAGAACAGCGUGUGGUGGCGGGACGACGCGUUCGAGGCGAUGGACGCGGGUCAGUUUGAGUGGCUCGACGGCAGGACCAGGGCUCGAUUCCGCGGGUUAAGCGUGCUCGGAACCGUGCCCGGAACCGUGCCCAGAAGCGAGCACGGAGGCGUGCCCGGAAGCGUCGUCACGUUCACGUGGGUGCUCCUGAGGCUCAAGGGUGACGAACGCGGUUGCGGUAUGGCCAAAGGGGUGACGCGUUCGAUCGACAAACGGAUCGUCGCGUGCUCGACGCACGUCGAGGCUGGCCACGACUGGAACGACGACGUGCCGGCGAAGCGAAACAGCGCCAUCUGCGUCCGAGCGUGCGUGCGAAGGAUCCAGGACCUUCACGGCCGCGACGUCCCGAUCGUCGUCGGCGGCGAUUUCAACAUGCAGAAGAUUCAGCAGCACUACAGGCUCCUGACGGGCGCGGGGGCGGGGAUAUCUCGGGGUUUGUCGAACGUCUCGGGAAAUUUGUCAUCGGGGACGGCCAAUCGCGCCACCGGGAAGGGCGGCGGCGGCGGCGGCGGCGGCGGGGGAUCUCCCGCGGACGCCCCCGACGCUUCCCCGCCUCGUAAGCAGCGCGAGUGGGACCUCGACGAGGAGCGCGCGGAUCGUGCUUCGGAGCUCGUGGACGUCUUCGACUGCCUCGACGCUGAUAACCCGAUCGCCCGUUUCGAUCGUAAGCACCGCGGGGUUCGAUCCGGCGGUCACGCCGGCACGACGUGGCACGGUUGGGAGGGACCCGCGCACGCGGAGAUGAUCUCGAACACGAUCGCGAAGCACUGCAAGCACAACGCGCAGCUGGGGUGGUGGGAUCCCGGCGAGCUCGGGGACGGGCCGGGUGACGGCGGUUUUCAUUCUUUCAAGCGCCGGCGCGGGUGGGGUCGCGACGACCAACCGGGCGUCGGCGGCGGACACGGCGGUGCCGUCGGCGGCGCGCGCGGAGGAGGUUCCACGGCCAGGGUUCUGGGCGCGGUGGGCCACCAGCGGCACAUAGACCACGUCUUCGUCGCCAGAGGCGACGGCGUGCGCGACGACACCCGAGCCGACGUGCAGUGUCGAGCUCGUUGCGUUCGAGCGUACGUCCGCGUCGAUACCAACUCGGAGACGUUUCGGCGGCGUGGGGAGUCGAGGUGCGCGUGCGGCGCGUACGCCGUGGGCGGGCCGAUGAGCGAGACGUGCGCGUGUCACGACGUCGACGGGGUUUGGGCGAGCGAUCACUUCCCGGUGGUGGCGGACCUUCGGCUGUCGUGGUCGGCGGACGAGGGCGAGCCCGUUCGGCGUUUUCGGUCGCGGCGCCCGCACACGCCUUGA